CUUCAGGGCCUCCGCCAAGCCCCUGCCCCCAGAAGGACACGGGGCGUGCAGGGGGGCGCGCGGGCGCCAGGGGGCGCUGUCGGGGCGCGAACGGCCCACCUGGCACCCGAGGCCACGAGCGAGAGCUGCCUGGCCGCCCGGGAACUUUUUUCCUCGCGCUCUCGCUCUCCGUCUCCCCCCCGCACGUCGCCCGCCCGCCCGCCGCUCUUCCUGUGUGGAGGGGAUCGCAUUUCUCCCAGGCUCCCGCGGGCACCAGGACCAGGCAGGCCCGGCGGGGCGCGCGGUCAGGGCCCCCGCUACGCGCGCCGCCCGCUCCCGGCGCCCCGGUGCCGCCCCCGCUCGCGCCCGGGCUCGGACAGGCCGCUCGCAGAGCCAGGCGGCGGCGGCGACAGCAGCGGUGGCGGCGGCGGCGGCUGGCAGCCCGUCGCGUCGCGGUCCGAGGAGGGGGCGCCGCGGCCCACCCUCCUUCCCGCCCGGCCGGCCGCCGCGCCCGACACCCAUGGGCGCGCGGGCCUCCGGGCCGCCGAGUCGCAGCGCCGGACGCCAGGCCCCGGAGUGAGCGCGGGCGCCGAGGUACCUGCCCGAGCCAUGCAGUCUUUUCGAGAAAGGUGUGGUUUCCAUGGCAAACAGCAAAACUACCCACAGGCCUCACAGGAGACAUCGCGACUGGAGAACUAUAGGCCGCCAGGUCAGGCUGGGCUGAGCUGUGAUCGGCAGCGACUUCUGGCCAAGGACUACUACAACCCGCAGCCCUAUACAGGCUAUGAGGGAGGCACUGGCACAGCAUCGGGCACAGUGGCCACGGCAGCUGCCGACAAGUACCACCGAGGCAGCAAGACCCUGCAGGGGAGGCCAGCUUUUCCCAGCUAUGUUCAAGACAGCAGCCCCUACGCAGGGCGCUACUCUGGCGAGGAGGGUCUUCAGACCUGGGGGGGGCCACAGCCACCCCCGCCCCAGCCACAGCCCCUGCCAGGGGCAGUGAGCAAGUAUGAGGAGAACCUGAUGAAGAAGACCGUGGUGCCCCCAAACAGGCAGUAUCCUGAGCAGGGCCCCCAGCUUCCCUUCCGGACUCACAGCCUGCAUGUCCCGCCACCACAGCCUCAGCAGCCUCUGGCGUACCCCAAACUCCAAAGGCAGAAACCACAGAAUGACCUUGCCUCUCCCCUGCCCUUCCCCCAGGGCAGCCACUUUCCCCAGCAUUCCCAGUCCUUCCCUACCUCCUCCACUUAUGCCCCGACAGUGCAGGGAGGUGGGCAGGGGGCCCACUCAUACAAGAGUUGCACAGCACCGUCUGCCCAGCCUCAUGACAGGCCAAUGAGUGCCAACGCGAGCCUGGCCCCAGGGCAGCGGGUCCAGAACCUUCAUGCUUAUCAGUCAGGCCGCCUUGGCUACGAGCAGCAGCAGCAGCAGCAGCAGCAGCAGCAGCAGCAGCAGCAAGCACUUCAAGGCCGGCACCACACCCAGGAAACACUCCACUACCAGAACCUCGCCAAGUACCAACACUACGGACAGCAAGGCCAGGCCUACUGCCCAUCGGACACAGCUGUCAGGACUCCGGAGCAGUAUUACCAGACCUUCAGCCCCAGCUCCAGCCACUCCCCAGCACGCUCUGUGGGUCGCUCCCCUUCCUACAGCUCCACCCCGUCACCACUGAUGCCCAACCUGGAGAAUUUCCCCUAUAGCCAGCAGCCGCUUAGCACUGGGGCCUUCCCCGCAGGCAUCACAGACCACAGCCACUUUAUGCCCCUGCUCAACCCGUCCCCAACAGAUGCUGCCAGUUCUGUGGACCCCCAGGUCAGCAACUGCAAGCCCUCGCAAAAGGAGAAGCUCCCCGACAGCUUGCUGUCGGACCUCAGCCUGCAGAGCCUAACGGCACUCACCUCACAGGUGGAAAACAUCUCCAAUACCGUGCAGCAGCUCCUGCUGUCCAAAGCUGCCAUGCCCCAGAAGAAAGGGGUCAAGGGCCUCGUGUCUAGGACUCCAGAGCAGCACAAGAGCCAGCACUGUAGCCCCGAGGGCAGCGGCUACUCAGCGGAGCCAGCGGGCACUCCGCUGUCUGAGCCGCCCAGCAGCACCCCGCAGUCCACUCAUGCUGAGCCGCAAGACACCGACUACCUGAGCGGCUCCGAGGACCCUCUGGAGCGUGGCUUCCUCUACUGCAGCCAGGCCCGUGGCAGUCCCGCCAGGGUCAACAGCAACUCCAAGGCCAAGCCCGAGUCCGUGUCCACCUGUUCGGUGACCUCACCUGACGACAUGUCCACCAAGUCUGACGACUCAUUCCAGAGCCUGCACAGUACUCUGCCACUGGACAGCUUCUCCAAGUUUGUGGCAGGCGAGCGGGACUGCCCGAGGCUGCUGCUCAGUGCCCUGGCACAGGAAGAUCUGGCCUCUGAGAUCCUGGGGCUGCAGGAAGCCAUUGUGGAGAAGGCUGACAAGGCCUGGGCUGAGGCUUCCAGCCUGCCUAAGGACAGUGGCAAGCCACCCUUCUCACUGGAGAACCACAGCGCCUGCCUGGACACUGUGGCCAAGACUUCCUGGUCACAGCCAGGGGAGCCAGAAACUCUUGCUGAGCCCCUGCAGCUGGACAAGGGUGGCAGCACCAAGGACUUCAGCCCAGGGCUAUUUGAAGACCCUCCCGUGGCCUUUGCCACCACUGACCCGAAGAAGACAACCAGUCCCCUGUCCUUUGGCACCAAGCCUUUGCUUGGAGCGGCCACGCCUGACCCCACCGCGGCAGCAUUUGACUGCUUUCCAGACACAACCACUGCCAGCUCAGUGGACAGUGCCAACCCCUUUGCCUGGCCAGAGGAGAACCUGGGUGAUGCUUGUCCUCGCUGGGGCCUCCACCCUGGUGAGCUCACCAAGGGCCUGGAGCAGGGUGCGAAGGCCUCGGACAAUGUGGGCAAAGCAGACGCCCACGAGACCUCCGCCUGCCUGGGCUUCCAGGAGGAGCAUGCCAUUGGGAAGCCAGCAGCUGCACUGUCCGGGGACUUCAAGCAGCAGGAGGCAGACGGGGUGAAAGAGGAAGUGGGUGGGCUGCUGCAGUGCCCCGAGGUGGGCAAGGCUGACCAGUGGCUGGAGGACAGCCGGCAUUGCUGUUCCUCCACUGACUUUGGGGACCUGCCACUGUUGCCGCCCCCCGGCAGGAAGGAGGACCUGGAAGCCGAAGAGGAGUAUUCUUCCCUGUGUGAACUGCUAGGUAGCCCUGAGCAGAGGCCCAGCCUGCAGGACCCACUGUCCCCCAAGGCCCCACUGAUCUGCACCAAGGAGGAAGCAGAGGAGGUUCUGGACACCAAGACUGGCUGGGUCUCCCCAUGUCACCUGUCUGGGGAGCCUGCUGUCCUGCUGGGCCCCUCUGUGGGUGCUGAGUCAAAGGUCCAGAGCUGGUUCGAAUCUUCUCUGUCACAUAUGAAGCCAGGAGAAGAUGGGCCAGAGAUGGAGAGAGCUCCAGGUAGUUCUGGCACUUCAGAAGGCUCUCUGGCCCCGAAGCCUAACAAGCCUGCUGUGCCUGAGGGGCCCAUCGCUAAGAAAGAGCCUGUGCCACGGGGGAAAAGUUUGCGGAGCCGGCGAGUCCACCGAGGCCUGCCCGAGGCUGAAGACUCUCCGUGCAGAGUGCCAGCACUUCCCAAAGACCUCUUGCUCCCAGAGUCCUGCACAGGACCUCCGCAGGGACAGGGAGAAGGGGCUGGAGCUCCAGGCCGGGGGCUGUCGGAAGGUCUCCCCAGAAUGUGUACCCGCUCUCUUACAGCUCUGAGUGAGCCCCAAACGCCUGGGCCUCCAGGCCUGACCACCACUCCCACACCUCCUGACAAACUGGGAGGCAAACAGCGAGCUGCCUUCAAGUCUGGAAAGCGGGUAGGAAAACCAUCACCCAAGGCCGCAUCCAGCCCCAGCAACCCUGCCGCCUUGCCUGUUGCCUCAGACAGCAGCCCCAUGGGCUCCAAGACCAAGGAGCCAGACUCCCCCAGCAUGCCUGGCAAGGACCAGCGUUCCAUGGUCCUCCGGUCUCGAACCAAACCCCAGCAGGUCUUCCAUGCCAAACGGCGGCGGCCCUCAGAGGGCCGGAUCCCAGACUGUCGUGCCACCAAGAAGCUCCCUGCUAACAACCACUUACCCACUGCGUUCAAGGUCUCCAGUGGGCCCCAGAAGGAAGGCCGGGUGAGCCAGCGGGUCAAAGUACCCAAGCCCGGUCUAGGGAGCAAGCUUUCAGAUCGGCCUCUCCACACACUCAAAAGGAAGUCGGCUUUCAUGGCUCCUGUCCCCACCAAAAAGCGGAGCCUCAUCCUGCGAAGCAGCAAUGGAAGUGGGGUAGAUGGGAGGGAGGAGAGGCCUGAGAGCUCCCCUGGCUUCUUAAGGAGGAUGGCCUCACCGCAGAGGGCAAGGCCCAGGGGCAGUGGGGAGCCACCCCCAACCCCACCCCUGGAGCCACCUGCUGCAUGCAUGGGAUUGGCCACGCCAUCAUCCCUGCCCAGUGCUGUGAGGACCAAGGUGCUGCCACCCCGAAAGGGCCGCGGCCUCAAGCUGGAGGCCAUAGUACAGAAGAUCACCUCACCUGGCCUCAAGAAACUUGCAUGCAGAGUGGCAGGGGCCCCUCCUGGGACACCCCGGAGCCCAGCCCUACCUGAGAAACGUUCAGGGGGCAGUCCUGCUGGGGCCGAAGAGGGUGCAGGAGGAAUGAGCCCUGGGCAGAUGCUACCAGCAGCUUCAGGAGCCGACCCGUUGUGCAGAAAUCCAGCCAGCAGGUCCCUAAAAGGCAAACUCUUGAAUAGUAAGAAACUGGCCUCUGCUGCCGACUGUCCCAAAGCUGAGGCCUUUAUGUCCCCCGAGACCCUGCCAUCCCUAGGGACUGCCCGGGCACCGAAGAAAAGGAGCCGGAAAGGCAGGACCGGGGCCUUGGGGUCCUCCAAAGGCCUGUUGGAGAAGCGGCCCUGUCCUGGCCAAGCUCUGAGCCUCGCUCCCCACGACAGGGCCAGCAGCACUCAGGGCGGAGGUGAGGACAACUCCAGCGGAGGAGGCAAGAAGCCAAAGACAGAGGAGCUGGGACUGGCCUCCCAGCCCCCCGAAGGCCGGCCCUGCCAGCCCCAGACAAGGGCGCAGAAGCAGCCAGGCCAAGCCAGCUAUAGCAGCUAUUCAAAGAGGAAGCGCCUCAGCCGCGGCCGGGCAAAGACUGCCCACGCUUCGCCCUGUAAGGGCCGUGCCACCCGGAGGCGGCAGCAGCAGGUGCUGCCCCUGGAUCCCGCCGAGCCUGAAAUCCGACUCAAAUACAUUUCCUCCUGCAGGCGGCUGAGGGCAGACAGCCGCACCCCGGCCUUCUCGCCCUUUGUGCGGGUGGAGAAGCGAGACGCGUACACCACCAUAUGCACUGUUGUCAACUGCCCCGGGGACGAGCCCAAGCCUCACUGGAAGCCCUCCUCUGUUGCCUCCUCCUCCUCCUCAGAACCAGCUGGGGCCUCGCUGACCACAUUCCCUGGGGGCUCCGCGCUGCAGCCGAGGCCCUCCCUGCCCCUCUCCUCCACCAUGCAUCUGGGGCCUGUGGUGUCCAAGGCCCUGAGUACCUCUUGCCUUGUCUGCUGCCUCUGCCAAAACCCGGCCAACUUCAAGGACCUUGGGGACCUCUGUGGCCCCUACUACCCUGAGCACUGCCUCCCCAAAAAGAAGCCAAAACUCAAGGAGAAGGUGCGGCUGGAGGGCCCCUUUGAGGAGGCCUCCCUGCCUCUCGAGAGAACACUCAAAGGCCUGGAAUGUGCAGCCAGCACCACAACCGCCACCUCCACCGCCACCACGACCCUGGGGAGGCUGUCCAGGCCUGACGGCUCAGCCGACCCCGCCAAGCAGGGCUCCCUGCGCACCAGCGCCCGGGGCCUGUCCAGGCGGCUGCAGAGUUGCUACUGCUGUGACGGUCAGGGGGACGGGGGUGAGGAGGUGGCCCCAGCUGACAAGAGCCGCAAACACGAAUGCAGCAAAGAGGCCCCUGCAGAACCUGGUGGGGACACCCAGGAACACUGGGUACAUGAGGCCUGUGCUGUGUGGACCGGCGGGGUGUACCUGGCGGCCGGGAAGCUCUUUGGGCUGCAGGAGGCCAUGAAGUUAGCUGUGGACAUGCCAUGUUCCAGCUGUCACGAGGCCGGGGCCACCAUCUCGUGCUCCUAUAAGGGAUGCAUCCACACCUACCACUACCCUUGUGCCAAUGACGCAGGAGCACAGCAGCUACAGCACGGGGUCCAGUUUGAACAUCUGUUUUCAGUCCCGAAGCUGCCUGUGCCCCACCCCCGCCCCUACCCCCUGCUCUCAGCUGCUGGGUGAUUGGUGGCUGAGCUGACUGAGACGUAGCAACCCCCCCACCCCCACUGUCAGCAACCAACCUUGGUUACGUUGUGUCUGAACCGAGGUCCAGCCUAGCCCCUGAGCCGACGGGUGUGCCUGAGCGCACCUACCUGCAGCAGUUGACCUAGACCCAGCUUCUCCCGCAGCUUUCUCGGGUGCCCUCCACCUCCCUCCCCUCUGGGUGGAGAAAAGGGACGAAAACAUAGGCAGGCCCUGUACCAUCCCUACUAUGAGAUAGGACACCAUGUCUGGGAAGCUGAGCCCCUGGGCAGGGGCAGAGAAGGGAGAAAAGAUGGGCCGAGGAGGGCUUUUGGGUGGCGGGAGGCCCAGAUGGGGGCUCGGUGUUCUGGCGGCAGCUAGCAAGGGUGUCUCAUGGUAGCAGCAUACGGCCCCAGGCAGGCGUAAGGACAGGCUGGACUUAGCCAUCCUCUCUGGACAUCUGGGGGAUUCAUGCAGACCUGGCCUUACCUCCUCCUCCUCCUCCUGUCUCCUAAGAAUGAGCCCUUCCAUCUGGAACACUUCCUCUGAACAUGAGGAAGGGUCCUCAUGACAGCACACAGUUGCACGUUCAUUGAGGAGAAUUUUACUUUGAAGUGCCCCAAACAUAAGAGGCUGCCGCUGUAACCCUGUGUGGCCGAGCCUCAAGGAAGAGGAGCUGCGCCCACAGCCGGUCCUUGAUCCCAUCCCAGGUCUUGGUUCCGGCUGCCUCGGGCACUGGCAUGAGGCCGGGGUUACGAAGAAAACCGGGGCCAGGCUUGGUGAAGGCAGACCACUGGGCGGCUAGACCCAGGCCUGUGGCCUCAGGUGGGGUGCCGGUCCCCUGCAAGUUCCGAACCAACGAGGCAUGUAAGCUGUGCCCUGGGAAGAGGCUGAGGGCACCACUGGCUUGGCUGACGGGGCGGACCCCAGCCUUCCUGCAGAGGCCCAGCUGGCGGGGAGCAUGGCCCAGCACUUAGCUCCGAGGUUUUGCCCAGGGUCGUGGCAGGCCUGGGCUCAGGCCAAGCGGUCCCUGACGAGGGCUGGCCUGGGGGGGUGCCCUGUGGCUGCUGUUUGUCCCCUUUCCAGUCUUCCACCCCACAGUCGGAGCCAGGUCUGGAAGCUUGAGGAAACUGGACCUAGCUCCCCUCUACCAGAUGUGCAGCUGUCCCAGAGCACCACCACGGGACCCAGGGACCGCCACUUGCUCGGCCUGCGGGCGGGGACAGUGCUAGAUUCGUGUACAAACCUGUGUACCCCUCUCUCUAUAUGUUAUAUAGAAUGUAUAUAUGUUGGGAACAUGCUCGCUUCCGUGUGUCGCUGCUGUGCGUCGUGUGCUCCACAGCACAGAGCCCUAACCUGGCCUUGGCCCGGGUGGGGGCCAGAGUGAUGCCCCUUCCCCGUGCAGCCGCUGCCACCACCACCACCACCACGGCCAGCCCUCACCUGUCCGUCUGUGUUCUCAGCUCUGUCCACGCUUCAAUAGGCCUGAUGCAGCCCCCCUUUCCCUGCAACUUUCUGUACAUAUGACUGUAAAAUGGUAAACGUGUGUAUUAUAUCUGGCCUCGUUAUAUAGUGUAUAUAUAUGUAUACAUAUACAUAUAUAUAAUAUAUAUGAAGACUGUAAAUGUUAAGACAACUAGUGUUCUUAUUAGUAUAUUGCUUCACACUGAAGAUUGUGUGUAUCGAGCUGUUUCUAAAAGAUGUUUAUUUUCCUUAAGAGUUAAAAAAAAAAAAACAGUCAUUGCAUUCAGAAAAAAAAAAGUCAAUAAAGAUACCACGAUUGUUUUGGAA